CGCACGUUCCGAGAGAAAGACGUUCUUCUCAAAGACGAAACAUUACCAACAUUCUGUGACACGGCAGACUUCUGUGAACUUGCACCCAGGUAUAACAGAGAGGAUCACGGCGGCAAAGAGAAAUGCGCUUCCUGCAGGACGACCGCGUGGUCGACACCACGAGCGGCAAGAAGAAGACGCUCCAGGUUAUUGCCGCAGGGCUGCCGAGAUGCGCAACAAGCUCGAUCCAGGAGGCCUUUGAGUCCAAAUGGCUCGACCUGGGGCCGUCGAUGCACAUGGCACACGUCUACCCUCACACUGACCGAGGCGAGCUCAUCCUGGCAGCCAUCCACGAGAAAGACCGGGCCACGCGCCAGAAGAUGGUCCGCAAGCUCUUUGACGGGCACGCCGCGAGCGCCGACUUCCCCGGCAUCUGCUUCAUCGAGGACCUGAUGGACAUGUACCCGGACGCCCCCGUGGUGCUCAACCAGCGCGAGAGCCCCGAGGCCUGGGCAAAGUCGUUUGGCGACAGCCUCAGCUUCUUCUACUCGCUGCCGUACCGCGUCGCCACCCUGCUCUGGAAGCAGGACCGCCUGCAGAGCCGUAUGGCCCGCGAGUGCAACGCCUACUUUGCCGAGCGCUUCGGCCCGAACCCGGAGACAGGGGACCGCACCAUGACCAACAACACCGCGUGGUACGCCGCCUACAACGACAUGGUGCGCCGCGCCGCGAAGGCCCGCGGCAGGCCCCUGCUCGAGUGGCAGCCCCGGGACGGCUGGGUGCCGCUGUGCGAGUUCCUCGGCAGGCCGGCGCCGCCUGCUGACGUGCCUUUCCCCAAGGUCAAUGACCAGAAGACGAUACGGAUCCUCAAGGCGAUCCUCGUGGCGAGAGGGCUGUUGUCGUGGGCCGCGCUGGCAGGGGUCUUCUAUGCUGGCAGUCUGUACGCGCCUGGUCUGGUCGGGCAGGGCUCAAGCUUGUUGAGCUCGUGGCUGCGGUAGUUGUGUUGUGUGUCAAUACACUAGUUUCCGAGGCCCGACGAGUGGUAUAUAGCUUAUUUGACUGGAGAUAUAAACAUAUAUCAUGAGAUGGGAAUGCAUGGCCCGGCAGCGGACAUGGGGGAGUCAAAGCCUGGCUUCUUGUACGUGAUUAUGUAUCUGAGAGCAGGUUCAUCUUG